GGAACUAGUUUUUAGUCUGACGGCUUCGCGAACGGUUUGCCAAUUUAUGCGUGGUGCGUUUAUUUCAAUCGAGAAAAACGUGACUGCAUAUUUAAACACUCGGUGACACGUGCAGUAAUAGUGCCCGCUGUGGUUUGUUAAACGAAUGAUUAUUAAUUGUUUGCCUCUGUACUAAAAGUGGUUUCCAAAGUGAUUCUUGCAUCUUCAAGGUUUCUGUUCGUGGCCAGUACAACCCGAAGAUUCAAAUACCAUUGAACUAUAGAAACAAAAGCAAGUAACCGGUUACGUUCCUAACACCUAAUCAUUCCACUCGCGGUUUCGCGCUAUCGCUGCUUGUCACGCAAAAAUUUACAAACGCGACGAAUUGCCCCAUUAUAAUCGAAAAUGACUGCCGCCCUAAUCAGUGUGUUGUGAUGCGGGAUUAGGAACGGUAGCGCUGGUGGUGUAAUUUUCCUCCCCCCGUGAUAAGUGGGCUUCACGCGAAACUGUUUGUGCGUGCGUAAUGAAGUGGAACUGAUUUUACGUCGCACCGGAUUACGCUGAAUAUUGCUGAUCUCAACGACAAACAGCGCAGCCACCGCGAGUAAAGCACGAAACCGUUUUUUUUCCUGUCGUUCUCAUCGAUUGGUGCUUGCUGAUAAAUGGAGGUUCUAGUGGGAGUCCAAGAGAAAGUGCGGAGCAUACUAGUCGACACUGGAUUGAUUAAAUAUGUCAACUUCCUCAGCACCCAGUUCCUGGCACUGAUCCUAGCGUCGGUCUUCCGUUCCUAUCUGCACCCAUCGAAGGUGACGGCCAGCACCCGGCAUGCCAUCGGACUGGUUAUCGGCCUUUUCUUUGGCUACUUUUGUUUCGGACAGCAAGCCAUUCACAUCGCAGGACUUCCAGCCGUUUGUUAUGUCGUCAUACGCACACAGAGCCCGCAGUUUGUACAACGAAUUGUCAUGGUGGUCGCCCUGGCGUACCUCUCCUGUAUUCAUUUACAUCGGCAGUAUUACGAUUACGGUUCAUACUCGCUGGACAUUACCGGUCCGCUGAUGAUCAUCACACAGAAGGUGACCAGUUUGGCGUUCAGCAUCCACGAUGGUUUUUCGCGCGAGAUGAAGGAUCUCACUCACAGCCAGCAGCAGCAUGCAAUCCGCAAGCUGCCUUCUGCGCUCGAGUUUUUCUCCUACACCCUGCACUUCCAGGGCCUGAUGGCCGGACCGUUGGUGUUCUACAAGGAUUACAUCGAAUUUAUCGAAGGCUACCACAUUCUAAAGCAGACGGCUGUGUCCAAAGCGAAGUACGACAUCGACAAGGAGAUUGUGCACGAACCGUCCCCGGUGAAGGUGGUCGUGAAGAAAGUAAUUGCAAGCUUGGUGUGUGCUCUGAUAUUUGUCAAGUUUGCCACUAUAUAUCCGAUCAAGGCAAUGAAAGAUGACGAUUUUACGGAUAACGCUGGUUUCUUUUACUCAUUCUGGUACAUGAUGAUGGCCACGACGGCCGUUCGUUUCAAGUACUACUUCGCCUGGCUGCUGGCGGAUGCCAUCUGCAACAACUCGGGCCUGGGCUUUAACGGGUACGAGCAGGAUGGCGUAACGGCCCGCUGGGACCUGGUGUCCAACAUCGAUGUGUGGGCGUUCGAGUUCGGUACCAACUUCCGCAACUCCAUCAAUGCCUGGAACUCCGGAACGAACCGCUGGCUGCGUAUGGUGGUCUUCGAGCGGGUUCCGAAGCGUUACGGCACGGUGCUAACGUUUAGUCUGAGUGCAUUGUGGCACGGGUUCUAUCCGGGAUAUUACAUUACAUUCGCCACCGGAGCGUUCAUCGUUAUGUCGGCACGAGUCGCCCGGAAGCUGUUCCGGGAACCCUUCCAAGAUACGGCACUCAAACGAAUGAUUUAUGACGUACUGACCUGUCUCGUUACACGUCUUUUUAUGGGUUAUGCCACAUUUCCAUUCGUUCUACUCGAGUUUAAGGCUAGUCUUCGAAUGUACCUGAACGUUUUUAUGUGCCUUCAUCUAGUCGCUUUGAUCACUGUAUUUAUUUUGACAAGAUUUGUACCACGCGGCCAGCAAAAACGUACGGCCGCGGUUGCCACCACCGCCGUCGGCAUCACCGAUGCUGUUGCCAACGAUCGAGAAACCGAUUCCACCCGCAACCAUCCCGCAAACCAAUCGACUGUUGCAACCACUGGCGAGCGCACCAGCAUGCUGCUAGCAGGUCACAAUACAUUGGACAGAAACGGAACCCCCACGGCCAAUGGUAGUGCCACAGCAGCGGCUGUUGCCACUACAGUCAAUGCAGAAUCAAACGAUGGACCAGCGACAGUUGCAGCAACUAGUAAGACUGAGAGGGAAAGUGAUAAUUUAUCUAAUCUAAUCAAGGAAAAGUUCGAGCAGGAAACUCGCAACAUCGAGGAGCUGAUCGAUAAAACCGUCACCGGAUUCGUUGGGCUUAAGGACGACUUGAUGCGCAUGAACGAAAACAACGAGAUUUUCAUCUCGGCCGAAACACUGCGCAAACGGCAGCAGAGUAAAGCCGGAGCUGAUUUUAAAAUGCACAGUGGUUCUGAUCACAACCACGUCGGUGGAGGCGUCGAUGCCUUCCUCAAGAAAGGAAUCGAUGACCUUAACGCCGCCGUACAGCAGGUUAACGUACUGCCUGCGGUUCUAAGUAAUGGCCAUGCCAAAUAAUAUUCUUCCAGCCAUCUUCCCAAUCGAGUUAGAACGCGCUUAAAUUGAACAUUGAAUCGAAGAAUCCGAACUGGUGGCCUCCACGAGACGUCAGGUCGAUUCGCAAAAUAUUUUUUUGCCGAGCGGAGGUAAAUUUUCUCCUCUUCCUUUUUACUACUAAAUAGCAUGAUUUAAGCAGCACUGCAAUAUACUCCACAAACACACACACAAAAAGGGCAAAAUAAUAAUUAUAUGUGAACAAAAUCGGUGAAUUUGAUCAGCGAAAGCGCUGAUUCUGGUGUGAAAUGAAAUAAGCUAUGGAUUAAAUCGUUACGGUAAUCAGAUAUUUCCUAUCUUUAUGAUAAAAAAAACUUGCUAGAACAAUGCAUAAAACUAAAAAGCACAUUUGAGAACAACGCGAAAUCGAACUAAGUCCGAGCAACAACAAUACAACUCAACAUGAUGGAUUUUAAAUUAAACGAACAAAAAAAAAAUAUUAAUAAAGAAAGAGAUUAGUGAUUAUGAGCCAGAAUAAAGUUAAAAAAAACUAAACACAAACAAAAUGAACACACAAAUUACUUGUAAGGGAAAACAAAAAAUAAAACUGUUGCGUGAUAUGCGA